GGCUGCUCAGCUCGAGUGCGGGGCGCAGCUCCCGACCGCGCGGCCGGCGCCCGCGAGCGAGCAGUCGCUCGCGAUUCCCAUGGAGCACCGGCUGUGAGGGCAGCCAGCGUUGCCACCAGCUGCAUCGCCAUGGCAACCCCUACGCCACAGCAAGAGCGCGUAGCGCUCCGAAGGAGCCUCUAUGCGCCAGCCAAUGCCAGGAAGAACAAGCUGCCAACUCAGGCCUUCUUGCGCGCGGCGGAGUUCGGGAACUUCGAUGGAGUGAGGUCCAUGGCCUUGGACGCUAGUGCUGAGCUGAGUGGCAUCCGCUGCAAGGACUUCCUGGGUUGCGACCCACAUCACUUGGUGGACUCGGCCCACCACUUGAAUAACACUGAGCGGAAGAAGUUGAAGUAUCAGUUCACCGAGCUUCCGGAACUGAUCAACGCUGUAGGCCAUGUCCAGACGUUGGAGCCCCAACCUGACCUGGACAUCUUCGACACCCGCGCCAUCUCCAAGAACAAGUCGAAGACGGCCCGUCCAGAGACGCCGCCCUUGGCGAGGACCAAAGGCAUUACAGGUCGCUUGGCACGCUCGGAGAACAACCUGACGCGCUUGGCCUCCACACUGACGGUGCGGCACGAGGUUUGCGAGGCUGCCAAGAGUCAGCCGCGGCUGAUUUGGGAGAAAGCUCGCUCGGGUGAGCAAGCCUUACCUGCUUUGGCGCGAGCUUUGAAGAACGAACGCCUGGCUGUGAGGGCGACACAGAUGAAUCCCAAGCUACUGAGAGUUGGAGAACCGCAGAUCCGCAAGAUCAUGCCGACCUUGGUCUCCAUCUGCGGCGGCGCCGAGCAGGCAGCCUACGCCAUCGUGUGGCGCCCCGAGCUGCUGGAAUUGGAAGCGGCCUCGGCGCUGAGAGACUCCUUGCAGGCGGCCUCGGGCUUCUUCGGCAACCUGAAAGACGCCCUCUUCCUGCUGGGACAAACCACUGCUCCACCCUCUGUGCGGGUGAUCGCACGACAGUUCUGCCGGGAGUACAUGGUGGGAGAGUACUUCUUGGUGGAUGGGGCGCAGGUGGAUGACCGGCCGGUCUGGUGUAAGCCAGCAGCUGCCAUGCAAAGCUUGGGCUCCAAAGCCAAGGACGUGUAUUUGAUUUACUGCCAGAAGGGCGUGGUGGGAUCAGAUAGCAUGCUUCCCUGCUGGACCUUUACGACGAAGUACAGCGCUUCACUCAAGAAGUACGACUACUGCGACCCCAGCAUUUUGGGUUGGACGGAGGCGAAGGUGAAGUCGCCUGAUCAAGUGGAACCAGGUCAGUGGCACUUCCCAGCUGAAGCCCAUAAGACUCAGGUGCCAGGCCUUUGGCCGGCGGAUCCGUACGUCCGAUGUGACAGUGGCAGCCGGGCAAGGGGACCUUGGCUUUGCACACAGGCGCCACAAAAGCUGUCGGAUGCCUGUGAUGCCUUGAGGUUUGCAACUGGCUUAGUUUGGCUCACGGAAUCGACUGGCACUGGGCCCACUCCGGGAGGCGCGCGUUUGCUGGGCCAUUUCAUCAAGAAUGACCCUGUCUACGCUGAUAGUUCCAAGAUCACUUUCCUCGAUCUGGCUGACUUCGCGCACAUCCGUCGCUGGAGCUACCUGCAGCUGCCUUUGGCGCCUGCCGGGCAGCCGGUGGAGAAAUCGGUGAAGCUUUAUGCCUGGGAACCGGUGGAGGUUUGCAUGGUCUUCAGCAAGCAGGAGGGUGAGGACUUGGAUCCCAACACUGCUGCCGAGCUGCGCCGGGCGGAGUUUCGGCCGACGCCCGAGCGCGCGGUGGCCAAGAGCUUUCCGAAGCUCCAGGGCGCACCGGCACCGGUCAGCGAGGAGGUUUGGGCGCGGACCUAUGCUAGUGGGCCUUUUGAAGUUCCAGUGGUCAUUGGACCCCACGGCUUGCCUCCGAUGAUUUUCAUCCGUUCGCAGAUUGCCGCGCACGUGCAUGGCACUGGACCCUGUCACCAGGUGCGACUGGUGGCGGGAGAAGAGAUCUAUUUGCCUGUCUUAGAGGAUCCAACGCCGAAUGAUCCCGGUGCGACGCUUCUGCCCAAGCCGCCUCCGGUGAUGUACCACUUCGUGUCGCCGGGUGAGCUGGGCUACACCGGAUAUGAACUCUUCAAAGGGCCAGCAUCUUCCCAGAACUGCACUCCCUCAGAGAUUCAGAUGCGAGUGGAGUCUCUGGAAGUAUUGUCAGUGGCGAUGCUUCUUUUUCCGAAGCCGAAGGUGGAAGUGUCGACGCUGCUUCCGGAGGAACCGGCGAAGGACACCAAGAAGCGGAACUCCAAGUCCUCUCGCACCUCCUCCAAGCAGACGCCGCCGCCCACAGAGCCUGAGCCGCCCAAGGGCUCCAAGGACUCCAUGGGCUCUGAGGCCACGCUGGCGCCGGUGCCUCACUGGGUGGACAGUGAAGAGUCUGCCUGGCAGCCCCUGCCACAGAAGCUGCAUGCCUCCAUCGCCAGCACGGAUACGAAGAAGAUCACCUGUGCUCAUGUGUACCUGCAGACCCUUGAAGCUGGUCAAGUGCUUGAAGUCCCCGGCUGUGGGCCGGACUUCUUUGCGCUGUUCCUCUUCAAGCAGCUCUCACCCCGACGACCGGAUCUACUGCGUCAGCUGCUCAUGCGCGAGCCGGCGCUGCUGUGCUCGGGCGAUCCCUUCGAAGCCUUCUUCACCCGAAUGCGCCGCGAGCUCGGAGACUUGGUGGCCAGAGAGGUCGUCUUGAAGGAACUGCAGACGGUGGUGCCUCCGGGGCACUUUCCCAGUAGCAAGCACCUGAUUUGGCCCAAGCUGUGUCAGCAAGGCACCGAGGCACAGAUCUUCAGCUGGAUCUAUGACCGGAAGGUCGAAGUCUUAGCCGCGGAGACCAACGCCCAGGCAGCUCCCAGCAUCUUAUCGCGCCUGGGAGGCGCCAGCUUCGAGAUUUCAGCACCGGAGCUCCAGGAGCGAUGCAAGAUGUUGAGGAAGCUCUUGCCCAAGCAGCUGGCGGAGGUGUUGCUAAGACUUCCCGAACUUUUGCGCUUUGAUCCUCUCAGCCUUUCUGGCAGCUUUGAGACGAUCCAGAUGCACUUGGGAUCCGAUGAGGCCUUGAAAUCCUGUUCAGAACAUUUGCGACUGCUAACUCUCCACCCUGAGCUGGUGCACUUCUUCGAGGUUCUCAACGCGAAGUUCACGGAUGAAGAGCUUCGAACGCUCCACCGCAUCGCAGGCGAAUGGAUCCAGUGGCCCCGCUUGGUGGGGCAGCCCGACGAGGAGAUCCAAACCUGGCAAGGCCGUGUCUUCGCGCAGUGCCGCGAGGGCCGCGCCAAGGACGAAGGGCGCCGGGGGCUUGCCCCGUUUGGAGGGAGGAAUUGAACGGUGCUGGGCCGCGCGAUGGACGAACGGGUUCUUGAACCCGCCGGGGCCGCCCGAUGAAGGGCGCCGGACGAACGGAGUCGGAAGCGGAGUGGGAAGAAACUCAACUGUUCGGGAUUGGGGCAAUGGUCUUCCAAGGGAUCCUUUGGAACACCCAUAGCGACAUAUAGCGACCAUUUGAUCAAGUCAAAUCCUAUAUUUCAAUGGUCUAAGACAACGACUCCUGGCUAAAAAACAACAAAACUACCAAACCCAUUGGCAGCAAGGCCUCACAACUCACCCCCCAAAAAAACCUAAUCUUGUCACGACCAGAACAACUUAAAAGUGGGGCGACCAAACCACACCCACUUGGUUGUCUCACAAUUCACCCUCCUCACUUACCUCCUUCCCCCGACUUCGCCCAAACCGCUUCCCAAAGGAGCGCGUGAACGCCUUCGGCGCUGAUCCCUAUGGCGCCGCCGCGCUGGCGCAGACCACAGGUCAAAUUCCGGAGAUUCCUCCACUUUUGGAUUGACCCGACGCAGGCCAGUUUUGCGGCGAUGGUGCUCAGCUGUCGCCUGAUGGGCCUCAGCUUAGGCUAGUGAGUGUCUCACCUUGGCUUCCGGUUCCCCCAAAGGGGGACCACAGCUGGACGCGCUUUUUGAGAAAGCUGGACCCAGCGGGAAGCUCAAAACAACGUUGUCGCCCAAGCUUCUUGGAAGGGAAGGAUGGAGACACAUUGGCUUUUUAGAAAGGUACAUGAAAGAAGUUAGAGGCAAAGUUUCCAAGGAAUAGAUGUCACGAA